AUGCGCUACGGGCCCAGCCCAGAACUUGGAACUGCCGGUGUGGGUCGCAGACAAGCGUCGGCACUAGCAGCCUGCUUCAACAUCGUCCACAUUCUCACGCACGACCGAACCGACUACCACAGCAUAUCGAAGCAUCCUGAGAAUCUCGUUUGUGUCACACCCGCCGGCAUAUAG